AUGGUUUUAUCUAUCUAUCUAUCUAUCUAUCUAUCUAUCUAUCUAUCUAUCUAUCUGUCACCGUCACAAGCACAAACAUGUGGACCGUAUUAUGGUAAACGGAAUGACAAUUUCCGGUGUCUUCUCUUACUUGAUGCCAAUAACAAAUUUCCUCUUCUUUUUUUUUUAUCUUUUUCAAUCUGCUCCUAUUUUCGAACAUCUCUCCCUUACCACCAACUACGGAACCACCAGCCCCAUAUUUUCAUUGCGAAACUCUCUGACCCUCCCAGCAAGGAAGACAAAAAUAGGGACCAAGAAACCUUAUACUAUCGAGGGCGGCACUUGACUGGCCAGAAGUCACCUAUAUUCGCCUUACAGCAACAUCAAGAGCCACUGACCCUCUCAUCAAAACUAGCUGAGCGGCCAUAUUGCUUUCAUAGUAUCCCUGGUGUGUUAGAAAGUAUGUGGAAUGGGUGUCUGUUUACAUAA